GUGAAUUUGUUGUAUCUUGUUGGUUCAAGUCUGUAAAUAAAUUUUCUUUGAGUCAACUCAAACGAAAAUCUAUUCCGGGUAAGAGUAGACCCGACCCUCAAUCACUCGCAAAGUACAAGUCAACUUUCAACACUUGUGAAACCAUGUGUGAGGUAAAAAUCGAGAGUGAGAGUGUGGUGAGGUUGUUUCGAACUAACUUGUGUUUUAUUUUGUAGGUGUUUUUUUUUAGGUACUAUUACGAGGAAACCUGUGACUUCCAUCUCUCAACCCAUGGACAACAAUGCCACCAAUGAUAUUUUGGCCUACCUUGACACUAUGUACUGAGACCUAGCUAUGGCAAAUGAAAGGUUGGAUCGUAUGGUAGGUCAAAGGGAGCAAGUGGUCUGCCCGGACACACGUCAAGAGGAAGGCCGUAGCUCAUGUGAGCUACAAGGUAAAAAUACUAUUCCCUACACUCCUAUGAACGUAGAAUGUUGUGUUGUGGCUAGUAGUGGCCAAGUGGAUGUAGUUGCGGAUUUACCUAGACUAGAGGUGUUUGAGUCUCCCUAUGGUGAUACUCUUGGUGAUGUUAGGUUACGCGAGGACCAAACUCUUGUUGUAAGUACGCAAGCACUAGUUGAUCCUUUAGAUGACGAAAUUGAUUCUUCUUGUAAGAAUGAUUUAUGUCCAUCUAGUGCUAGCCCUUAUAACUUGAACAAGGUUCUAUUACCAAUUGACAAGAGUACUCACCCACUAGUUGACCCUUGUGCGAACCAAGGUGAGUCUACGUUGGUAUGUGAGUUGCCAACAACUAGUGAGGAUGUGAAUGAAGAUCAACUUACUCAUGAAUGUAUUCCACUACUUGAGCAUAUGUGUGGUGUGCUUAAAAAAUCUCAAGUUAGUGAUGGUGUUUAUAGAGUUGAUCUUGAUGGUGCACGUGACUCUUUGAACAUCUUGUGUGGUAAAAGCCUUGCUAGUAGUUUUGUUCAUAGAGAUCCUAUGUAUGGAAAUGUUGUAAAUGAUGGCAUAUAUCUUUUUGAGGUAAGACUUCUAGGUCGUGUCUCUCUAUUCUUGAAUGUUAGUCUUCUCUUAAAGGUAAAUGUCAUCCGUGAUUGUGGGAGUGACAUUCUAGGGGAAAGAAGGGCUAACCUCGGCUUAGACCCUUGGCUACUUCCAUUUGACCCCGGCACCCUCCCAGAAUAUGGGAAUUUCUACACUUUCUACUUGAUGCUUGGUCAAGACGACAAGCAAUGUUUGAUUGUGGGUGCUAAUGAAGGAAGGAAAGGUUCUUCCUUGUCUCUUUUUUGUUGAUGAUGACCUCUUCCUUUGUGCCAUUUAUACUAAGGUUUUCAUGUUCAACACAAAGGACUCGUGGGUAUACUCCAAGUUUGUCCCACCUUGGCAUGGCAUGUGAUGUGUGUAUUUUGCUAACCCUAACCCCUCAUGUUAUGAGAAUGUGUACUUGUUUGUCUUCUCUUGAUUUGCAAGGUAUGGAUUCGAGGUCGAAUCCUUUUCAAGAAAGGGAGGAUGAUACGAGUACGACCACGAUGAUGGACGAGAACAAGUGCAUCUUGAAUCCGUCCAAGGAAGUGCACAAGUGAAGUGUAAAAGAGGGCUUAAAUGCACUAAAAAUAGCCCUUAAGUUACACUUGAUAGGCAUCUCACCCUUGAGGGGUAUUGUGGUUAUUUUGUAUUCUAUUUUGUAAUACACUAUAUAUAGAACCUCUUAGGGUUUUUAGUCUUAGUUUUUGUUGAAUAUUGAAAGUUGUAACAUUUGAAACACUCUCUCUUGUGAGAAUGUCCCCCAUGGCCGAAACUUGUAAAUAGGGCUUUCAACUUAAGUGUGGAAUCACUCGUGUUGGAUUCAAGCUUGGAAACAUUGGAUGCUUGGGGGAUCGAGGUCACUCUUGUGCCAACAUAAGAGUUAGGUAUUUGUUGUGUAUGAUGUUAAAGGUCCAAGAGUGGAAUAGACUUUUGGGUUGUUAAGAUUAUACCUUCAAUUUGUCUAACUAUCUAUCCUUUUGUUUCUUUAUAAUCGUGUCGUA